AUGGCUAAUAGACAGAACAUCAAAGCUUCUGAAGAUAUGCAAAAUAAACUCUUCAGUGACAACGAUAUUGAUUUCUCAGACUAUGUCGAUAACAAAGACGGAGAAGUUAAUAACUUACCUUGAGCUAGGAAGAGUAACAAAAGCAAGCUACUUAUAUCCAAAGGGAAUGUAAAAGACGAAGAUUUAUCAAGCUUUAAUAGGAUCAACAGGCUUAAUUCUUUUCCAAUCAAAAAUUUAUACCAGAAUCCAUUCAACAGGGGUGACGAAGAAGUCUCAAAAGAGAAGGAAGACGCCUAUUACAAUAACUCCCCUCAGUUCUGUACCCCAGUAAGAAGCAGGAGCCAUACUAAGCAAGUUUUUAAAAUCAGAGAGAAGGGUCGGAAACUCAAGAAGUACUCCUCAGAAGCCAAGAAAACUGGCUACCUCUUCUCUAAAGACAAGACCUCAUACGAUAUUCUCAAGAUGCUGACCUCUGACCCUGCUCUGGCUCAUGAAGAAUAGAGACUUCCCAAGAGAUACUAGCAUUACUUCUACUUAAUUAAAUAAAAAUU